AUGACUGACGAUUGCGACUACAACGCCUUGUUUAAACUACUGUAUUUUGGCGUUACGGAGGGGUAUUGUUCGACAUUUAGUCGAUGCUGUAAUGUCUUCAAAAACGAGAAACUUGCACCGUCAGCUGCUAACGAGUCUUACUGGCGAAGCAACUCUUCUGCACUGCCAAUGUACCUGCUUGCAGUGCUUUCUUACGCUUGCGGUCAGCUUGGUAUUUAUAACCAUCCACUGCUCGAACAUUCAACAUUUAUAAUAGCUGGUUUCAUUCCCACACUCAGUCCGAUUUCUUCAUUAUACUUUGUCCGACACUAUCGUGAUCGUCUACGCUGGGUAUUUCUCCGACGUUCCUCUAUCUUGAAGGAGUCAAAUUCGAGAGAAUUCUCAACAUUGCGGGAUUCUCAAUCAUACACUCGCACUCGUACAAUGUCAUUGGGGAAAUAG